AUGGCUGUACUCUUCAGGAAGAGUCGACGGCUGGAUGCGUACGUGCCAAGUCUAGUGGGUGUUGAUUCAGCCAGAGAGGUCGGUAUUCGAGGAAGCGACGUAUUUGUGGGUAUCACGGACACGGGAUUGAAUCUGUACCACGACCAAUUCGAUCACGAUGAACGCGAUAUUUUUCCCGAAACUAUCACUUGUGAUCACGGUACUCACGUCGCUGGACUGUUAGCUGGCAGCUCGUUUAGCGGUAAACAUGCCAAUCUCGGCAUUGUCGACAAGGCACGGAUAGAAUUUAUGGACAUCGGGACCCAGAGCGAAACCUGCGCAGGUCAGCUGCAUUGUGCUCUCACAAGCCAGCGAUUUGGACGCUUUUAUUUAUGA